CCCCACAAUGCCUCGCGCAAGGCGGCCUCCCUGCUCGCGCUUCCCGCUAUGCCCCGCGCGGCAGCAACACUGUGGCGGGCGGCGGGCCCGGGCGUGGCGCUGCGGCUGCUGGGCCAGGCCGAGGUGCGGCCUGACUUCGUGAGCCCGGCCGAGGAGGCGGCGCUGGCACGGGAACUCGAACCGCAGCUACGCCGCCGUCACUACCAGUUCGACCACUGGGACGGGGCUAUCCAUGGCUUCCGGGAGACUGAGAAGUCCCACUGGAGCGCUGAGUGCCAGCAGAUCCUGGAGCGGGUGCGGGCAGCUGCCUUACCCCCCAAUGCUCCCCACCUGGGGCCUGUGCACGUGCUGGACCUGGACAAGAAUGGCUAUAUCAAGCCCCAUGUCGACAGUGUCAAGUUCUGUGGCUGUACCAUUGCAGGGCUCUCCCUGCUGUCAGCCAGUGUUAUGCGCCUGGUGAGUGAGGAGAACCCUGAGGACUGGCUGGACAUGCUGCUGCCCCCCUGCUCCCUCUACAUUCUCAGGGGCCCAGCUCGCUACAACUUCACCCACCAAAUCCUGCGGGAUGAGGACUCCUUCUUCAAUGGGCAGAGGGUGCCCCGGAAGCGGCGCAUCUCCCUCAUAUGCAGAAGCCUGCCAAUGCCCCCCUAACUUAGUGGGGGACAGGACACUCCAGAUCCCAAGCCACAACAGAGGAUGGUGGGGAAAUGCACCCAGCUGCAUCAGGCCAGGAGAGGGGAGGGGAUCCUGUCCCCUCCUUGCAAUUAGAGUCUGGCUUAAUUGAGCCGGAUGGGUACAGCUGCCUUGUUUGCACACGCCAGCUGAUUAAAGCCAGGAGGUUGGAAUGG